AUGAACUUCAACACAAAUGCCCAUUGCAGCAGUCACACCAGCAAAGAAAACAUUCUACAUUCAAGCCAAACGGAUGCAGUUCAUUUCCAGCGAGGCAAGCAGCGGACCGUCCUCGGUGUGUUGUCAGAAAAUGAGCAGCAUGGUCUAUCCUACAGCCAGGGAAGUCAAUUUUCCAAAAAAAGUUCAAUCUCAGACAGCUCCCAGCUCGCCUUCCUUGGCCAUCUAUCCAGUUCCAGCUUUGAUGUUUAUGUUGAGGAGGCUUGUGAAGUUGUUCUUGCUCCUUCUGGUCAAGAAGUUGUCUCAGAGAGCUAUAACCUGGAGGCCGAAACUAAUGCUGAUUUAAGAUUCUUGAUGGAAUUGAGUAUAAGUUCAGGCCAUGAUGCAUCUAUGCAGUCUGAACCAGAUGAAUCACUGAUGUCAAAGGAAGUGAUGUGUGUUUCUGACUAUGCAGAAGACAUUCACCUGUACUUGAGGGAGAGUGAAAGAAAGUCCAGGCCAAGUCCAGACUACUUAGAGAAACAUCCAGAGAUCACCAAUGGCAUGCGAGUGAUCCUGGUGGACUGGCUGGUUGAAGUCGUACAGGAAUACAGGCUUCGCUCUGAAACUCUGCACCUUGCUGUCAACUAUUUGGACCGCUUUCUGUCUUACACUGCAUCCGUGAAACGCAGCAAGCUGCAGCUGGUCGGCACAGCUGCGUUAAUGAUUGCUGCAAAAUAUGAAGAGAUCUGCCCCCCUGAGCUGAACGAGUUUGUGUACACCACAGACAGCACCUACACCAGCAAACAGCUGGUCUCUAUGGAGCAUGUUUUCCUUAAAGUGUUGUCGUUUAGGAUGGCAGCGCCCACAACAAACCAGUUCCUUCGCCUCUUCAUGUCCAUCCACUCUGUCUGCACCAUCACAGAAAACCUUUCCCAGUAUGUAGCAGAGUUAAGCCUGCUGGAAAUUGAUCCAUUCCUACAGUACACCCCAUCUCUAGUAGCAGCUGGAGCAUACUGCCUAGCUUCUUACAUUGUAAACAAAUCUCUCUGGCCCGAAUCCUUACAUGCCUUUACUGGUUAUACCACUGCGAAAAUUGUGCCUUGCAUGACUGCCCUCCACAAGCUGUACAUCAGUGCAGAGAGUCGUCCUCAACAGGCCAUCAGGGAAAAGUAUAAGACUUCAAAGUAUUUUCGUGUUUCAUUGAUCGCUGCACCUGCUGCUCUGACUUGUAUGAGUAACUGCCCCACCCUUCUUGGAGCUUCUGCCAAAACAUAA